AUGGUUGCUGCCAGUGGCUUGCUCAAACAACGGACGUCGCGGAAGGGGGGGUCCUUGAAAGCAACGAACAGAACACGCGUGAACGAAAAAUCGCCAGAGGAAAACGACGUACAACGGUUGAUUACGAAGUUCCGCUUCGAUUUCAGUUUGAUGGUGGUGCAGAGAGCUAUGACGGAGAACAAGAGCGUGGGCAUUGGGGAGGCUUCAAUGGAGAGAAGUAAGAGCUUCGUGAAGGCAUUGCAGGAACUCAAGAACCUUAGCCCACAACUGUAUUCGGCAGCAGAUUACUGUGAGAAGUCUUAUCUUAACAGUGAGCAAAAGCAAAUGGUAUUGGACAAUCUCAAGGAUUACGCUUUACAAACUCUGGUCAAUGCAAUCGACCACCUUGGUACCGUUGCUUACAAAUUGAGUGAUCUUUUGGAGCAACAGACACUGGAUCUAUCCUGCGUGGAGCUGAAAGUUACUUGUCUCAAUCAGCGACUGCUGAUGUGUCAAACGUAUACGGAGAAAGAAGGUCUUAGGCAGCAGCAAGUAUUGGCUAUCAUCCCAAGACAUCACAAACAUUAUACCUUGCCGAGUUCUUUGAACAAGAAGGUGCACUUUAACCCACAUAUACAGACUGAUCCUAAGCAAGCUAUACAAGCUAGAACUCGUCUUUAUUCUCAAGGUGCUUCUGCUGCGAAAACUCUUUCCUGGCACUUAGCAGCAUCUGAAACCAAGUCUACCUUGAAAGGCUCUCCACGUAAUAUUAUAAGAAUUAAGAAUCCAAUUUGUAAGGUUUUUUUUUUUUUUUUCCGAGUAGAUGGCCAAGUUAAUUCUAGGAUGAAAUCCCCGCCGGCUUCAGCUGUAGCAAUGCAGACACUCGAUUUCACGCGUCAGGAAUUUUCAGUGGGCUCCAAACCUUUGACUCCAUAUCGGUCGUUUACCAACACUCCUCAAAGGGAAAUUGCUCGCCCCCCAGCACGCAGUAAGAGCAUGCUUUCGGCCUUCUUUGUGAAGCAAAAGUCGUCAAAAGUGAAGUCAAGCUCGUAA